AUGGAAAAUCUGAAGUCUUAUGGUGCUGGUGGCAAGAAACCAAAAGGCCCCAAACCAAACUCGAAUGUUGGGACAGCAAAAGACAGUGUGUUGACGAAGUUGGACGAAGAGUUUCCUAAGGAUAGCCCAAGUGGAACUAAAAUCUAUAGAAAAUCCUGGCUUGCUGUGCUUAGGGAGGUUAUUAAUCAGGGAAAUCGGGACAUCUGUUGGACGAUAUCUUCAAGCGAAUGCUUAUCUGCUCGUCUUCGUAUCCUUAAGAAAAUUGAGGCGCCAAUAUCAGCUCUCCACCUCUUAGUGGCUCUCACUGACAGAGUAGAUUCCAGUGGUGCACUUGUCGAUUUUCGUCAUUUGCAGAAGUUCUUGAAGGAAUAUGGCGCCAUCAAAGAGGAAAAGUGCAACUGUACUCAACCAUUGUUUGGAUCUAUGAAAGGCAAAGCUAAACCCAAGAUGCCCACACUGUGUACCGAAAAAAGAAAGCCUAAACGCACAUAUAAAGUGAAAGAUUUAAUCAUCUUGGAAAAAGUCGAUGAAAACCAACUCAUAUCUUUGGUCAACGAAGAUCCUGUGGCGGUCAGUUUAGACUUAUACGAAGAGUUUGAAAACUUUGAAGGGGAUGGAAUUUAUAAAGGUCCUAAAAAGAGUAACAAAAAGGUGGCGAAGCAUAUGGUUUUAUGUUACGGCUACGGAACAGUCAAUGGAGUACACUAUUGGGAAGUCCAGAAUUCUGCCGGAACUAGCUGGGGAAAUGGUGGCUUUGGCAAGGUGAUCCGACAGGUCAGCCGCGAGAAAGGAGAACCAUCGUUGUUUACGCUCAUUGUCUAUCCUGAGCUUCUCGAACAUUAUGAAGAUGAAGAAUAG